GGCUUAUACAAUGAAAGUAGACGAGAGAUGUGAUGUUUACAGUUUUGGAGUGCUAACAAUGGAAAUAUUUAUGGGGAGGCAUCCUGGUGAUUUGAUUUCAUGUUUACCAUUAUCGUCAUCGGCAUCGACAUCGACAUCGGUACCAAAUGACAACCAACAAAUUUUACUUAAAGAUGUGAUAGACCAACGUCUUUCACCACCGGUAAGACAAGUUGCAAAAGAUGUUGUCUCCACUACAAAGCUAGCAUUUGCAUGCUUGAAUGGCAAUCCCCAACUUCGGCCAACCAUGCGACAAGUUGCUCAAGCCCUUAACCGUCAAUCGCUUCCGUUGCCCAAUCCUUUCUCAAUCAUAAUAUUGGGAGAAUUGUGGGAUCAUGAAGUUUGCAGCGGCUAAUAUUAAGGUGCUAAUAAUUUG